AUGGCUCCCCGCGGGAAGAACCAACCAACACGAGAGGGCCGAAAUCCUCUGGGAUCAAAGUCGACCUCCAGGGGCGGCAUUCAGAAGAGGAGAGGCCCAACCAAGACCGACAACGAUGGAGAUCUUGACAUGGACGCGCCUUCCAAGCGACUGAACAGAGGCUCUACAAAUGAAACAAGGGGUAGAGGUCGGCCUUCAGGAAGAGGUACUCAGCCAUCACGAGGAGCUGCAAAGGCAGCUCAAAUCAUAAUGAAGCAACUGGGUAGCGGCAACUCUUCGGACUUGUCAGCUCGGGUUUCAAGGCCAACCAGAUCAAGAGGAGGCCAUAUUGAAGGACUUACCUGGCUGAGGAUCCGCGGCCUUAAACAAAGCAAAGCUGCGUCUAACCCGGAUGGGGGUCUCUCUGACCUGCUUAGCUUCAUGGAGAGGAAAGCCUCUUCCUUUACCACCGGACGAAGACGACACCUGACGAUCAGAAAAUCACAUAGAGCUGGAGAAUACGUAUUCAUUGGAGCCAGCAAGGAGGAUGCGGAAGAAUUUCUCAAACUCAACAAUUUUACAUUUGCUGGUACUCAGCUGGAGGUGGUAGAAUCUAACGAGGAUUUCGCGCCUCCCAACAAGGCGACGGAAUCGCCAGAGACUAUAGAGUUACGCUCAAAGCUGCAGGCUAUUCUCAGUCAGCGCUACAUUGGUGACAACAAACUACUGAAGCUCGAUGCUCUUGCAUCCGAUGCUGAGCUAGUAACCCUGGGCAUGUUUGAGAAUCGAGAACGGGCCCUGAAGACUUUCAAAGGCCUCAUGGCUAUCUGUGAUGGUCUUUUCAAGACCCCACAGGAAAAGAAGGACGCUAUUGAAAGCAUCAGUCUUGCUAAUAACAGCAUUGACGAUGUUAUUCAAGUCGAGUCCGUGGCAUCGUCCUUCCCACAUCUAAAGAACCUUGACAUGAGUGGCAAUCAAAUUAGCAACAUGGAGGGCCUCAAGCGAUGGAAGGGGACAUUCAAGGAGCUCGAGACCUUAUAUACAACUGGGAACCCAAUCGAGGCGACGGAUGCUAAUUUCCAAGCGACUUUGUUGGAAUGGUUUCCCAAACUACGAAUCAUCAAUGGGAUUGAGCUUCGUACUGUGCAGCAGAUUGCCGAGCAGGAGGCCGCCCGUCAACCAAAACCAAUCCCACAGAGCGGCCCUGAUUUCCGGGAUGUCAACGGCAUUGGCGAGCAAUUCCUACUCGAUUUCUUCGCAGCCUACGACAGCAACCGCGAAGCACUUACGUCCAGACUAUACGACGCCGGUAGUCAAUUUUCCCUAGCCGUUGACGCCAUCUCAGUUAGAGAUCCGAACGCACCGCCUCCCUUACCCUGGGCGGCCUACAUCAAAUCAUCUCGCAACCUCCAGAAAAUCACAACCUUACAUGCUAGAUCACAGCGACUAGUCAAAGGUGCAAACGCUAUUUACAACUUGUGGAAGGACCUUCCUAUGACUAAGCAUCCCAAUAUGAAGGAUGAGCUGAGCAAGUACAUAAUGGACUGCCACCCAUUGCCAGGCUUGGCGGACCCCACAGGCCAAAGCCAGCUGGGCGUGGACGGCUUGAUCAUUGCCGUUCAUGGCGAAUUCGAGGAGUACGACCCGAAAUCAGGACUUAGUGGCAAGCGAAGCUUCUCUCGCACCUUUGUGCUGGCGCCGGGCAUAUCCGGUUCUGCUCAGAUUCGGGUCGUCAGCGACAUGCUAUCCUUGCGAGCAUUCAGCCCUCUCCCGAACGUAUUCGUGGCACCAUCAUCGGCUCCCACGGAUACAGGAAAUCAACAUCAAGCAAUGAUCGCCGAGUUGUCAAAACAAACAGGCAUGGUCCCGCAAUACUCAGAGAUGUGUCUAUCACAGGUCGAAUGGGACUUUGGCAAAGCUUUAGUCAUCUUCAAUGAGAAGAAGUCACAACUACCACCAGAAGCAUUUGCCUCAGCCACCUAG